GGGGAUUGAGAUAGCAAAAAUUGAAAUAAGGUAUGAACAUUUGUCAGUAGAAGGGGAUGUACACGUUGGGAUCAGAGCAUUGCCCACUUUGAUUAAUUCAACAAUGAAUGCAAUUGAGAGCAUUUUGGGACUAAUACGGCUCGCCACUGCUAAGAAGAGAAAAAUUCAAAUACUUAAAGAUGUCAAUGGCAUUGUUAAACCAUCGAGGAUGACAUUGCUUUUGGGCCCACCAGGUGCAGGAAAAACAACAUUUUUGCUCGCACUUGCUGGAAAGCUUGGUUGUAAUCUAAAGCAAUCUGGGAAAAUUACCUAUUGUGGGCAUGAAUUGCAUGAAUUCGUACCUCAAAAAACAUGUGCUUAUAUCAGUCAACAUGAUCUUCAUCAUGGAGAAAUGACAGUGAGGGAGACGUUAGAUUUCUCAGGUCGUUGUUUGGGUGUCGGUGCAAGAUAUGAAUUGUUGGCAGAACUUUCAAGGCGUGAGAAAGCAGCAGGAAUUAAACCCGACCCUGAGCUUGAUGCAUUCAUGAAAGCCAUAUCAAUAUCUGGCCAAAAAAACAGUCUGGUUACAGACUAUGUUCUCAAGGUACUUGGAUUAGAUAUUUGUGCGAAUAUCAUGGUUGGUGAUGAUAUGAGGAGAGGUAUUUCAGGAGGACAAAAGAAACGUCUGACUACUGGGGAAAUGUUGGUCGGCCCAGCUAGAGCUCUUUUCAUGGAUGAAAUAUCAACUGGGCUAGACAGUUCCACCACCUAUCAGAUUGUCAAGUACAUGAGGCAAAUGGUUCACGUUAUGGAUGUCACCAUGAUAAUUGCUUUACUUCAACCAGCUCCAGAGACCUAUGAUCUUUUUGACGACAUUAUCUUGCUAUCAGAAAGUCAAAUUAUCUACCAAGGUCCACGAGAAAAAGUUCUUGAUUACUUUGAGUUCAUGGGAUUCAAGUGUCCUGAACGUAAAGGAGUUGCUGACUUUCUUCAAGAAGUGACGUCCAAGAAAGAUCAAGGACAAUACUGGUUUAGGAAAGACCAACCGUACAUUUAUAUCUCAGUUCCCGAAUUUGCAGAAGCCUUUGGUUCUUUUCAUAUUGGCCAACAGCUCAUUGCAGAACUCCGUGUUCUUUAUGAUAAAUCGAAAGCCCAUCCAGCUGCUUUGGUGAAAGAUAAGUACGGUAUCUCCAACUGGGAACUAUUUUUGGCAUGUUUUUCAAGGGAAUGGCUAGUGAUGAAGCGUAACUCUUUUGUAUACAUAUUCAAGAUGGCCCAGAUAACCAUUAUGUCUAUUAUGGGCUUCACAGUGUUCUUGAGAACAGAGAUGCCGUAUGGGAGACUACAAGAUGGAGGGAAAUUCUUUGGAGCCCUUUUCUUCAGUCUUGUCAUCGUAAUGUUUAAUGGGAUGGCUGAACUUGCAAUGACAGUCUUCAGACUUCCUGUUUUCUAUAAACAAAGAGAUCUCUUGUUCUAUCCAUCCUGGGCUUUUGGUUUGCCUAUUUGGAUACUCGGAAUCCCCAUAUCGUUUAUGGAAUCUGCUAUUUGGAUUAUUCUUACGUAUUACACAAUCGGGUUUGCUCCAGCUGCUGGCAGGUUCUUUCGGCAAUUCUUGACAUUCUUCAGUAUACAUCAGAUGGCCCUAGGUCUAUUCCGAUUUAUUGCUGCAGUUGGAAGAACUCAGGUUGUUGCAACCGCAUUAGGGACCUUCACUUUGUUAGUGGUGUUUGUCCUUGGGGGUUUUAUAGUUGCCAAAAAUGACCUUCAGCCAUGGAUGAAAUGGGCCUAUUACAUUUCUCCAAUGAGUUACGGACAAAAUGCUAUAGUGAUGAAUGAAUUUCUUGACAAAAGAUGGAGUACACCUAAUACAGAUCCCCGUUUCAAUGAACCUACUGUUGGAAAAGUCCUCCUCCAGUCGAGGGGCUUCUAUACAGAUGACUACUGGUUUUGGAUUUGCAUUGGUGCACUCAUAUGCUUUUCUUUUCUCUUCAACAUUUUAUUUAUAGUAGCACUCACUUUCUUAAAUCCUUUGGGUAAUUCAAACACUAUUGUGUUGGAUGAGAAUGAGAGUAAAAAGAAGAAGUCGUUCUCUGGAAAUAAUAUCACAGGGGCAUCUGAAGGUGUAGAUAAGGAAGUGAAACGUGCUUCAAUGAGUUCAGACUCGAAUAUUGACACUGUGAACAGUGCGCCCAAAAAAGGAACGUUGUUGUCUUUCCAACCACUUUCAAUUGUUUUCGACCAUAUAAAUUACUAUGUGGAUAUGCCUGCUGAAAUGAAAACUCAGGGAGUUGAAGAAAAUCGUCUCCAACUACUACAAGAUGUUAGCAGUGCUUUCAGACCUGGGAUAUUAACAGCAAUUGUGGGUGUUAGUGGGGCUGGAAAGACCACCUUGAUGGAUGUGUUGGCUGGAAGAAAGACCGGUGGAUAUAUUGAAGGGACUAUCAACAUUUCGGGUUACCCAAAGAACCAGGCCACGUUUGCACGAAUUAGUGGAUACUGUGAGCAGAAUGAUAUUCAUUCCCCCAAUGUUACUGUUUAUGAAUCUGUUCUGUACUCUGCUUGGCUUCGUCUUCCUGCAGAUGUGAAAACCAACGCUAGAAAGAUGUUUGUUGAAGAAGUGAUGGAAUUGGUUGAGCUUAACACGAUAAGAAAUGUCUUGGUCGGGCUUCCGGGAGUUGAUGGCCUUUCAACAGAACAGAGAAAGAGGUUAACAAUAGCUGUAGAGUUAGUUGCUAACCCAUCUAUCAUCUUCAUGGAUGAACCAACAUCGGGCCUUGACGCCAGAGCUGCUGCUAUAGUUAUGCGUGCUGUGAGAAAUACAGUGGAUACAGGCAGAACGGUGGUCUGUACAAUUCAUCAACCAAGUAUAGACAUUUUUGAAGCAUUUGAUGAAUUACUUCUGAUGAAGACAGGAGGGCGGGUCAUUUAUGCUGGACCACUUGGUCACCACUCUCACAAGCUGCUAGAAUAUUUUGGAGCUAUUCCUGGGGUUCCAAAGAUUAGAGACGGGUACAAUCCAGCUACAUGGAUGCUGGAGAUUAGCACGCCAGCAGUUGAAGGUCAACUAGGAGUCAAUUUUGCAGAUAUAUUUGCCAGCUCCUCCCUCUAUCAGAGAAAUCAAGAACUUAUCAAAGAACUCAGUACCCCUCCACCAGGUUCUAAGGAUCUCUAUUUCCCAACAAAGUACUAUCAAUCAUUUCUUACUCAAUGCAAAGCCUGUUUCUGGAAGCAGCAUUUGUCUUACUGGAGGAAUCCGCAAUAUAAUGCCAUUCGGUUCUUCAUGACAAUAGUCAUAGGUAUUAUAUUCGGUGUCAUAUUUUGGGACAAGGGACAAAAAACCCAAAAACAACAAGAUCUACAGAACCUUUUGGGAGCCAUCUAUGCUUCUGUUCUUUUCCUUGGAGCCAGCAAUUCUUCAACCGUGCAAGGUGUUGUUUCUAUAGAGAGAACAGUAUUCUACCGUGAAAGGGCAGCUAGAAUGUAUUCAGCGCUGCCUUAUGCAUUUGCUCAGGUGGCCAUAGAGAUAAUCUACAUCGCAGUUCAGACUAUUCUGUACUCUCUUCUACUCUAUUCCAUGAUUGGGUUCGAGUGGGAAGUCGGAAAAUUCUUCUGGUUCUACUAUUUUAUUUUGACGAGCUUCGUCUACUACACGCUGUACGGGAUGAUGCUUGUGGCGCUGACUCCAGGUUUCCAGAUUGCUGCCAUUGUUAUGUCUUUCUUCAUCAGUAUCUGGAACUUGUUCUCGGGUUUCCUUAUCCCCAGGACACAAAUUCCAAUAUGGUGGAGGUGGUACUACUGGGGUUCGCCCGUUGCUUGGACAAUUUACGGUCUAAUCACCUCUCAAGUUGGCGAUAAAUCUUCGCUACUAGAGGUGCCUGGAGCUGGUAAUAUGACAGUGAAGGCGUAUCUUAGUGAAAGCUUGGGUUUCAAACACGACUUCCUUCCAGUUGUGGGCAUAAUUCAUAUAGUUUGGGUUUUCAUUUUCUUCUUCGGCUUUGCCUUGGGCAUCAAGUUCUUCAACUUCCAAAGAAGAUGAUGAAGAGCUUAGCAUAUUGCAGUUUGAAAAAAUAAGUAUUUGUUUUUUCCCAAUCCACUCCCAAUUUUUUCUGUUUUUAUACAUUCUCAAUCUUCGUGUCUGGUUUUGCUGCUAUAUUGAUUGUGAACAUAUGUUUGAAAGAAAGGAGAGUGCUUUAAAGUAAUUUAUAUUUA